CCCCGUCGCGUUUUGACCCUCCGAAACCUCCCCGCACACCACCACCACCACCACCACCAUCACCACUCCUCCUCCUCCUCCUCCUUCUCCUCCUUAUCCUCCUCCUCCUCUCCUCUCGAGGCUGAAAACACCAUCGCUCAUUCCCGGCCGUGACAUUUUCCAGCCUGUCGCCGUAUGCUGCGCGGACAGAGAGCGCGAGCUACCAAGAAGGAGAGACGCGGGAGGGGGGACGCAUCCUGUCUUCCUCCAGCCGAGCACCGAGCAUCCCGACGGAGCGAUCCGAGGCGAGGAGGCUGCUGCCGCUGCGGCCGCUCCCGGGUCCCCGCCGCCUGUCUGGACUACACGGCCCGAACAGGGACUGGAUCCGUUAUUUACGUCUCGGAGCCUGAGGACCGGAGGGAAGGGAGCCGAGCUCGCUGGACUAGCCCAGCAGCGCAUCAGCAUCUCCGGGGUAGGACUGGCUGUCGAGUCGCAUGGAGAAGAGGUAUGAAGAGUUGGUGCACUACUCAGGUUCGGAGGGCAUGGGGGGGUACGUGGACGACGUCAGGGCGCUUCCUCCCCCGCAGUACGGACCCACCGUCCCUGACUCCCUCAAACACCACAAAGACCAGAUCUACGGUCACCCACUGUUUCCACUGCUGGCCUUAGUGUUUGAGAAGUGCGAGCUGGCCACCUGCUCCCCUCGAGACUCUGCCUCCCUCUCGGCCUCCUCCCACCUCCCCGGCAUGACCAGCCACAGCGACGUCUGCUCCUCCGAGUCCUUCAACGACGACAUCGCCGCCUUCGCAAAGCAGAUCCGAUCAGAGAAGCCCAUAUUUUCCUCCAAUCCUGAGCUGGACAACCUGAUGAUCCAGGCCAUACAAGUUCUUCGCUUUCAUUUACUGGAGUUGGAGAAGGUGCAUGACCUCUGCGAUAAUUUCUGCCAUCGGUACAUCACCUGCCUGAAGGGCAAGAUGCCCACAGACCUGGUUCUGGACGAGCGGGAGGGGGGCUCCAAGUCCGACAUGGAGGACUUCACUGGAUCCUGCACCAGCCUAUCAGAGCAGAACGCCUCAUGGUUACGGGAGCCGGAUGAAUGCGCCACAACUCCUCUGGGAACGCCAGGCACCUGUGGACUGCCUUCACAACACAGCACAGCAGACAACUGUAGUGAUGCAGGCGACGGUCUGGAUGGAGGCGUCGCUUCUCCCAGCACAGGAGAGGAGGACGAGUCCGACAGAGACCGGAGGAACAACAAGAAGAGAGGGAUCUUCCCCAAAGUGGCCACAAACAUCAUGAGAGCGUGGCUCUUCCAGCACCUGACGCACCCGUACCCGUCCGAGGAGCAGAAGAAGCAGCUGUCGCAGGACACGGGACUGACCAUCUUGCAGGUCAACAACUGGUUCAUCAAUGCGAGGAGGAGAAUAGUCCAGCCGAUGAUUGACCAGUCAAAUCGCUCAGGUCAGGGUGGUCCUUACAGCCCUGAGGGAGCAGCUCUCGGGGGCUACGGCCUUGAUGGACAGGCCCAUCUCGGGCUUCGGACAGCAGGUCUCCAGGGCAUGUCCUCCCUGCAGGGGGACUACCCGGGCACCCUUCUCUCCCAGCCGGGCUACCCUCCCCACCCAGGACCAUCCCUGCACACGUACCCGGGCCCACACCCUCACGCCGCCAUGCUGCUCCACCCGCCGCCACACGCCCACCCCGCAGAGCCGCUCCUCGCCCAAGGACUGGACAUACAUGCACACUAGCUGCUGUGGGGGGCUGCAGUGAAAAGAGACAGAGUGUGUGAAUGUGU